CAUGAUUCACAGUCAGUUAUGCGCCGGAGAAUAUCGAUCGGCUUACAAUCCAAAAUGAAUUGAAAUACGUAAAGAAUAACGUCAACAGAAAUUGCCCAUUCGAACCGAACCUUGGUAGAAACAGUAACAACCAUUUUUGGUGUAGUCGCAUGAUGUCCACAUUCAGACUCAUUGUUAUUUUGUCGGUGUUUGUGUUGAUCCCAACGUCAUGUCAUUGCGAACUACAAGGAGUCCAUCAAAAAAAGGGGAAUACUUCAUGCCCUCCUUGCCACCCUGGACCUGCAGGUUUUAAAGGACAGAAAGGAAUAACUGGCGAACCUGGAAGUGAUGGGUUCCCCGGUUAUCCCGGUCAGAAGGGAGAAAUAGGUGUACAUGGUUUCAAGGGAGAUGCAGGUCCAAGAGGAUAUCAAGGUAUACCUGGUCCUAUGGGACCUCCUGGUGCUCCGGGAAGACUUAUUCCACGUGGACGGGAUGGUUUGCCAGGGAAAGAUGGUCCUCCUGGCGUACCCGGUAAUAAGGGUGCUCGUGGUGCUCCGGGACCUCGUGGUGAUUGGGAUCAUAAGACAAUGGGGCGUACUGGUCCUAUUGGUCCUCCUGGUAUACCGGGAAAAGAUGGCUUGAAAGGCGUAAAGGGAAGGAGAGGUUUUACGUAUGCUGCUCCUCGUGGUGAUCGUGGUGAAUUCGGUGAACCUGGUGAAGUGGGACGUCCUGGUAGAAAGGGACAAAAAGGUUCGCAACUUGUUGGUAUGAGAGGAGAUCCUGGCAUUGACGGAAAGCUUGGUGAUCCUGGCCAAGAUGGUGCUCCUGGUGAUAUGGGUCCUCCUGGUGUACCAGGGAAAGAUGGUUCUCCUGGUGUACCGGGGAUAAAUGGCGCUCCUGUUCCCAUUCCUACACUUAAGUGCAUCCAAGUAAAGACCAAUGGAAACAAUGCUAAUUGCUCUGCUGGCUACAAAGUCACUGGUUGUGCUUGUGGGAUGAACUGCGGCUCAUGGAUCAUACAAAAUGAUUUCACUCAGUGUUCCUGUAACCUCAGCUGUAACUCAGGCAAACCACUCGACUGGACCAGAGCAGUUUGUUGUCAAAUAUCUGCUGUGGUAACUGGUACCAUUUCUGCACAAUAAUGACACUCCCUCAGAAUCUCAUCCAUAUARAUGAUCAGUAACUAGUAUCAAUGAGUAAACUUUAAGAUAGAUAGUCUUUCUGGACCUGCUCUUCUUUGCAUCACAGUAGUACAGCCUAGAUUUCCAAGAUCUUGUAGCAACUUUUUUAUUUCCUUUGUAAUAAAAUUUGUAGCACUGCUAUAAACCACUCUGUUCUGUGGUGCUUGUUGUA